UGCGUUGGUGGGAGCCCCAACAAAAUGAAAGAGUUUGCAGUGUUUAUACACAAGGAGCUGGGAUUGGAAGAGGACAUGAAGGAUGUCUGAGCUGGGACAGACAGAUAUUGUAUGCACAAAACUGAUCUUCUGCUGAGUGUGUGUCAUGGCAUUGGCAUUCCCUCUAUUUCUAUUAUGCUUAUGCUUCAUGAACUCAUCAAAUUACUGCACCAUGCCUGGUGCUGUAAUGUUACCAUUACCAGAAUUGGUACAUCAGGGAGAAUAGGUACUGCCCUGGGGUCUGUUGUAAUAGCAGAUGCGGCCACAGACUCCUUCCUUGAUCCCUGGUUCGAAUAGGUAAUCUUGGACAACAUCACCACCUGAAGUGCUAAACUUAAGAAACUGGCCCAAGAGCUCCUCAGCUACAGCAAGGGAAUCCCCUUUCCAGUCCUCAUCAGACAUGUGAUGUGUACCUAGGAUUUUUAUGAAGGUGACAAGAAGCCAGGUCAGCUAGAUGGAGCAUUGGGGUCCUUUUCCAGAGAAGAAAAGCUACAUUUCUUGAAGAGAGCAUAUAAAGCCAGAGGGCAAAAUACUGAAAUGGAAUCGGCAGUGUUUGUGGCUGCAUGUAGAUUUUGUGGUCUGAAAGCUAGCACCAAAAAAAACCCUGAUGAAGUAAAAUAUAAUUUCCAUGAGCAUUCAUCAGAAUAA